AUGGCCCAAGACGGUGGUGGUGGUGGCGGCAGCAACAAUGCUGGCAAUACUGGUAAUAAUGGUGGUGGCAACAACACUGGUGGAGGUGGUGGCAACAACAACAACAAAAAGCCUGAGGAGGUUCAACCACAACCAGUAAAAGAGCAGCUACCCGGCAUUCAGUAUUGCAUUAACAGUCCUCCUCCAUGGCCUGAAGCUGUUGUGUUGGGAUUCCAGCAUUAUCUUCUGACUGUUGGCAUUACUGUUUUGAUUCCAAGUAUCAUCGUUCCUCAAAUGGGAGGCGGUGAUGCUGAGAAGGCUAGAGUGAUACAGACAUUACUUUUUGUUUCAGGAUUGAGCACACUCUUGCAGUCUUUAUUUGGGACCAGACUUCCCUCUGUGGUUGUGGGUUCAUAUGCAUAUAUUAUACCCACAACUUCAAUUGUAUUAGCUCGUAGAUACAAUGCAUAUGUAGAUCCUCAUGAGAGGUUCAUAGAGACUAUGAGAGGAAUACAAGGUGCUUUAAUUAUUACUGCAUGUUUCCAGAUUGUGAUGGGUUUCUUAGGCUUUUGGAGAAAUGCUGUAAGGUUUCUUAGCCCCCUUUCUGUCGCUCCAUAUGUAACUUUGACGGGAUUUGGUCUUUAUCAUCUUGGUUUCCCCAUGAUGGCAAAAUGUGUUGAAAUUGGGCUUCCUGGGUUGAUUGUUGUGGUUUUCAUCUCACAGGCAAGUAGCCAGUAUCUUCCUCAAUUUUUGAAAUCAAAGAGGCCAAUAUGGGAUAGAUUUGCAGUGCUCUUCACAGUUGCAAUUGCAUGGUUAUAUGCACAACUUCUCACCUCAAGUGGUGUGUACAACAACAAACCUGCAAAAACUCAAAUUAGUUGCCGCACAGAUCGUGCUGGACUCUUUACAGCUGCCCCUUGGGUUUAUAUUCCUUACCCGUUUCAAUGGGGAAGCCCCACAUUUCAUGCCGGAGAAGCUUUUGCUAUGAUGGCCGCUUCUUUUGUUUCACUUUUUGAGUCUACUGGUACAUUUUUUGCAACAGCAAGAUAUGGCAGUGCUACACCUGUGCCACCUUCCGUUAUUGGCCGUGGUGUUGGCUGGCUGGGAAUAGGAGUUUUGCUCAAUGGCAUGUUUGGCUGUGUAACUGGCGCUUCUGCUUCAGUGGAAAAUGCUGGUCUAUUGGCAUUGACAAGAGUUGGAAGUCGAAGAGUCAUCCAAAUAUCAGCAGGGUUUAUGAUUUUCUUCUCUGUGUUUGGAAAAUUUGGAGCACUUUUCGCGUCUAUACCUCUACCAAUCGUAGCAGCUUUUUACUGUGUGUUCUUUGGCUAUGUUUCUUCUGCAGGUCUUGGCUUUCUCCAAUUCUGUAACUUGAACAGUUUCAGAACAAAAUUUAUAUUGGGUUUUUCUUUCUUCAUGGGCAUUUCAGUACCACAAUACUUCAGAGAAUAUUAUCAUAUAGAUUUCCACUCUGGACAAUUUCACACCAGCUCUGGAUGGUUUGACGAUAUGGUGACUGUCAUCUUCAUGUCUCACACGACGGUGGCUGCACUGGUUGCUUUGAUUUUGGAUUGCUCACUCUCUCGUGAAAUCGAUGCCACACAAAAAGACACUAGCUUGCAUUGGUGGGAGAGGUUCAGCUUAUAUAGUUCGGAUAUUAGAAGUGAUGAAUUCUAUGGGCUACCUUGCAGGCUUAAUAAUCUUUUCCCAACCCUUUAAACUAUGAAAGAAUGUAUUUGACUACUACAGAUGGAGUUCUUAUCUUUCACUCAUGAAGCGAUCGAAAUGCAAUUACAAAAUUUUACUUCAUUGUGUAAU